CGCCACUAACGUUGGAUGACCUUGAAGCCUGGGCACGGCGUCGUGGGGUAGGAGGGAACAAAGUCGAGAAAUACUGCUCGUGCAUAUAUACAUAUAUGUGUGUGUGUGUGUAUGUACAUACACAAGUAGACAGGAAGAAUGUUAGCUUGCAAAGGGAGACAAGAAGACCAAGGGGUUUAGUUUCCUUUCCACGGCGUCUUCAUCCAUGUUUGAUAACCCUAGUCUGUGUACCACUUCGAAGGUCCAUCACACACUCCUGUCUUAACUAGUCGUUGCGUGGGUUUGUUGCAGGGCCAACAAGUUUCUGCUGUCAGGUUUUAGUUAUCCGGUUAAUACUUCCACCAGACUAACCUCAACAGCUCAUUUUGUUUUAAGUUCAACUUUUAACUUGAGAGGGUAACCUUUUAACACGACAAAGGGUAAAAUAAAGGUUCGAGACUCCUACUCUGGUUUAGCGCUUCAAAAUUAGGGACAGCUAGCCUAGGUAGACCUGAAGUAGCUUUUGGCGAAAUUCAACAAAACAUACCAACAAGUUAUAUCGUUAAAAUUGUGAUAGUUGAGUAGCAGUUUGAAUUAGGAAAUGCAUUAUGAUGAUACAAUAGUAUUUCCUUCAUGACUUCUAUAUUCCAUUCUUGGUUGACAGCCCAGAAUUUCUGCAAUAAUUUUGUCCAGUAGUAACUAGACAGAAACUUUGUUUCAGGUGCUGCAAAUAAGCUGCACAACUUAGGUACCUUUUUUUCAUUUGUUUUUUAAGGAAUUGAAGCCAACACCAACUGCAACCAUUGACUUGCAACUCGGAAUUUCACCCCAAGGUGGCCCACCUGCCACUGCAUGGUCUCCACACAUGGACAAAAAGAAGCCACUUAAAAGACCACGUAUGGAUAAUCUUCCAAUUGGUGCACGUGGUCCUAUAGCCAAUGGCCCCCUGCACACUAGACCCCUGGUGGCACUUCUGGAUGGUCGAGACUGUUCUAUCGAGAUGCCCAUCCUAAAGGAUGUGGCAACAGUUGCAUUCUGUGAUGCUCAGUCCACCCAAGAGAUUCAUGAAAAGGUUCUAAAUGAAGCAGUGGGUGCCCUCAUGUGGCAUACUAUCACACUUGCAAAAGAAGAUCUUGAAAAAUUCAAAGCCUUACGUAUUAUAGUUCGCAUAGGUUCUGGGGUAGAUAACGUUGACAUCAAAGCAGCAGGAGAACUAGGCAUAGCAGUGUGUAAUGUGCCUGGCUAUGGAGUAGAGGAAGUUGCUGAUGCUACGUUGUGCCUCAUACUAAGCCUUUAUAGACGGACGUAUUGGCUGGCCAACUUAGUAAAAGAGGGCAAAAAGUUUCAAGGUCCAGAACAGGUUCGAGAGGCAGCUCAAGGAUGCGCUCGAAUCAGGGGAGACACUCUGGGUAUUGUGGGAUUAGGCCGAAUUGGGACUGCAGUAGCCUUAAGAGCCAAAGUUUUUGGAUUUAAUGUCACUUUUUAUGACCCAUACCUUCCUGAUGGCAUAGAACGAUCGUAUGGUUUAAGUAGGGUUUACACACUACAGGACCUCCUGUUUCAAAGUGAUUGUGUCACACUCCACUGUACUCUGAAUGAACACAACCACCAUCUGAUUAAUGAGUACACCAUAAAGCAAAUGAGGCCAGGUGCCUUUCUUGUAAAUACAGCAAGAGGAGGGCUUGUAGAUGAAAAUGCCCUAGCCUCUGCAUUAAAAGAUGGUCGAAUUCGAGCAGCUGCUUUAGAUGUUCAUGAAAAUGAACCUUUCAAUGCACUUAGUGGGCCUUUAAAAGAUGCACCAAACCUCAUGUGUACACCUCAUGCUGCCUGGUACAGUGAUGCAAGCUCUACUGAACUUCGAGAAAUGGCAGCUUCUGAGAUAAGAAGAGCUAUUGUGGGUCGCAUUCCUGAAUCAUUACGUAACUGUGUCAAUAAAGGUUAUUUUGGUAGCAGCGGGUUUGGAGAAACGAUCAAUGGGGCAACAUGCUACAACUACAACCCAAUGAGUGUAGCUCAUUCUACCACUAUAGAGCCCUUAUCCACUCCCCCUGCCAUCCCCAUUUCUCACUCAACACCCCAUUCCACCCUUCAAGAUACAUCUAACCGUCUAACUCCCAAGCCAGAGAGCUCUGAGGUCCAUUAGUGGCAUCAUUCAUGCCAUGAAACUACAACUUUUGAUGCAUCUGUGAAUCUUGAAACACAAAAUGGACAAACAUAACCAUUCUUCUUCUGUUAUUGCCAGAAAUGUCUGAAAACAUUCAGGGCUGCGGCCGUAAAAAAUAAAAUAAAAAACUUGUAGAGUA